AUGGUGUUCGACCACGACGAUCAACGAAAACCGACGCCUGAUGUCAAGGGCCAGGAACUCAAUGUCCCAAGCGAACAGUCUGAGGUAGCACCGAUACAACAAACCAGACGAGCCCGACUCAAGGCUGCAAUAUGGGACACCUGGGAUAAGUCGCCUCGAGAGCGCAGGCUUGUUCAGAAAGUGGACUGGUGGCUACUGAGCUAUGCCUGUACGGCAUACUUCAUCAAGUCUUUGGAUCAAUCCAACACUUCCAAUGCCUACGUUUCGGGCAUGAAAGAGGCACUCGACUUGAAAGGAAACGACCUGAACUACUUGACAACAUACUGGAACAUCGGUUACAUCGUCGGACAGAUCCCAUCCCAGUUAAUCCUCACCAAAAUCCGGCCAUCAAUCUGGCUACCGACUCUUGAGCUCCUGUGGAGUAUUCUCGUCAUGGCUCUUGCGGGCGCAAAGGGCCCCAAAACCAUCUUUGCACUUCGGUUUUUCAUCGGCCUUUUCGAAGCCUCCGCUUACCCCGGCAUUAUCACGCUGCUCGGAAAUUGGUAUACGCCACAAGAACUCGCGAAACGAAGCGCCAUCUUCCAGGCCUCUUCUAGCGCAGCAAACAUGUUUUCAGGCUAUCUCCAAGCGGCGCUGUACUCUGGCAUGGAUGGCCGCGCAGGGCUGGCUGCUUGGCAGUGGUUGUUUAUUUUUGACGGGAUCCUUGGAAUUCCGAUUGCUUUGUACGGUUUCUGGGCUAUCCCUGAUUCUCCCAGCGACUCGAAGACCCGGUGGCUCAGCAAAGAGGAUACUGAAUAUGCCGAGCAAAGAAUGAAAGCCGUCGGGCGUGCGCCAGCGGCCAAACUCACAUGGAGAACAUUUGUGGAUGUCUUUCGCUCAUGGCCAGUCUACCUGUUUUCUACGGUUUUCAUUGCGCACGUUUGCGGUCUACGAAUCUACUCGUAUUUCAACGUGUGGCUGAAGUCAACUAAAAGGUACACAGUCGAACAGGUCAACGUUAUCCCUUCUGCCGGAUAUGGGCUGCAGAUUAUUUUCACGCUCCUCUACGCCUGGACGAGUGAUUAUUUGCAGAUGCGUUGGCCUGUGAUUGUGUUUGCUUGUGUUCCGGCAUUUGUAGGGACUAUCAUUCUCUCUAUUUGGCCGGUGCACAACACCGCGGCGAUGAUGGCGGGCUGGCUGUUGACUUAUGUUGAGACUGGCGCGGGAAUCAUUUUCACGUCUUGGGUUAGUGAAACGUGCGGUUUCUCGGCUGAGCAUCGUAUUGUUGUUAUUGGGGUGAUGGAGGCAAUCGCUUUCACAUUCAAUGCUUGGGUGCCUCUGUUGGCCUAUAAUAGCAGUCAAGCACCGCAUUUCAAAGUGGGGUAUCAGAUUGCUGCCAUGUUCUUUGCAGUUGAGCUUGUUUUGACGGUCGUUAUUGCCGCAGUUGAGAAGCGAUGGCCAGCUCGGAGUCUGGUAAAAGAGAAGCGAGCAUCUAGUACUGUAUAA